UCGAUAUAAAAAAAAAAUCCCAAUUCCCAAAUAACAGUACAACAUCCACCAGCCAUGGCCGGCCGCGACUACCCUCCACCACUGUCGAGUGGUGUAAGGCUCCGGCAUCCGAUGGAAGACCCCCGCCUACUCCCCCGCCACGCCCCAGCCACUAGUAGGUCCCUCCAUGUGGCCGCCCUCGAGGACCGCAUCGCCGCUCAGCACCGGGAGAUCCAGUCCCUCCUCGUUGACAAUCAACGGCUUGCGGCCACGCACGUGGCGCUCAAGCAGGACUUCUCCAUCGCGCAGCAGGAGCUGCGGCUGCUGAUGGCGGCUGCGGGCGACGUGAAGGCUGAAAGGGACGCUGAGGUGAGGGAGGUGCAUGAGAGGUCGUUGAAGCUGGAAGCAGAGGUCCGUGUGAUCAACACAAUGGCGAAGGAGCUGGCUCAGGUGCGGGCGGAUGUACAGAAGCUUGCCGCCGAGAGGGAAGGGCUCGAGGAAGAGUGGCAGGCUGCUGAUGCUGAAAUCGCAAGAGCCAGGGCCGACUCGGAGCAAGAGGCGGCAAUGAAGGCCGAGAUAGAGGCCUUGCAUCAAGAUAUUCAAAGGGGAAGGACGGCUAUUGAACUGGAGAAGAAGACCCAUCACAGUAAUCUCGAGCAUAGUACAGUGAUGGAAAGAAAUAUGAAUGCCCUUGCUCGUGAAAUAGAGAAACUUCGUUCUGAGCUCACAAAUGCAGAGAAGAGAGCAAGGGCAUCAGCUGCAGUCGGAGCAGCAGCAAAUGCAGGUCCUGGAUGUGGUUUGAACUACGGCAACCCUGAGGUGGGAUUUGGAGGAAGCCCUUUUCCUGAUCCGUACACAAUGCACCAGGUUCAAAGCAGCGUCAGUGGUGCUUCUCCAUAUGCAGUUGGAGCAAAACCUCACAGGCCAUACAGGCAUACGCGAGACUGCAAAUUCUUGCUGAAAACAUCCGGAGAAGAGUCAGUUGACUAGAAACGGAAAGAAUGGCAUUUCUUCGAUGGAUCAAACCAUUUGUUCAGUUUGACAGAGUUUCCCUAAUUAAUGACGAGUAACCUCUUCAUGGAAUGUACUCGAUUCUCAUAGCCUUCAAUUUUAGGGCUGGAGGAGCAGUGUGUUCUCAUGCGAUGCGCUAGUGGAAAGGUGACAUCAUUGAGUAUCGUAACCAAUUAGUGAACGCUGAUUGAGUUGAUCGAGUGAGGCUGCUUUUGCAGUUUGUCAUGUAUUCAGCCAAAAACAAAAAAAAAAAAAAGGUUUGUCAUGCCU